CCACACCCCUCCCUUUUCUUGUAUAUUUAAUCCCUUCUCUCCCCUCCCUUUUCCUCAGCUUGAUUUUCGCUUCUUCAAGAGAACACCAAGCUUCUAACUACAUCAAAUAAUUGUCCCCCUGUUUGGUUCCAAGGGAAACGCCUUUCUUUUUCUCUUUUCUUUUGAUUAGAAACUAGAAACAAUAUGCAGGCGGUUUCUCCUUCGCAUAAUCUUAAUUCUUCUUCUAUCAUUCGACCUUCCAAGCCUCGGAAGCUCAACCGCUUGAAUCGAUUCGCCGUCCGUUGCGUCCACCGCUAUGACUCGGUUCAAUUCCCUAAUGGAGUCGGUUCAAGCCGUGCCGAUUGGCAGAGUUCCUGUGCUAUUCUUUCCAGCAAAGUCUUCUCUCAAGAUCAAGGCUCCGGCGAGAAGUCCACUCCUCAUUCCAACUCCGACCACCUAGCUGCUGCCGUCAACGGUCAUCAGACUUCCUUAGAUCUUAACCUUGUCCCUAUUGACAAAAACAACAAGCCUCAGCCGCCUGCGCAGAAACCGUUAUCCAUGACCGAUCUCUCUCCUGCUCCGAUGCACGGCUCUCAGCUGCGUGUGGCUUACCAGGGAGUCCCCGGGGCGUACUCCGAAGCUGCGGCGGGUAAAGCUUAUCCUAAUUGUGAAGCUAUCCCUUGUGACCAGUUCGAAGCCGCAUUCCAAGCGGUUGAGCUUUGGAUCGCCGAUCGAGCUGUCUUACCGGUGGAAAACUCGCUAGGCGGUUCCAUUCAUCGGAACUACGAUCUCCUCCUCCGGCACCGUCUCCAUAUCGUCGGCGAAGUCCAACUCCCAGUCCACCACUGUCUAUUAGCUCUACCAGGUGUAAGGAAAGAGUACCUUACACGCGUCAUAUCUCAUCCACAAGCUCUCUCCCAGUGCGAACACAAGCUAACAAAGCUCGGACUCAACGUCACGCGCGAAGCUGUCGAUGACACUGCCGGAGCCGCGGAGUACAUAGCAAACAACAACCUCCGUGACACCGCUGCCAUAGCAAGCGCACGUGCCGCCGAACUCUACGGACUCCAAAUCCUAGCCGACGGUAUCCAAGACGAUUCAGGUAACGUGACGCGCUUCGUUAUGUUAGCUCGGGAUCCAAUUAUCCCGCGCACAGACCGGCCCUUCAAAACGAGCAUCGUUUUCGCGCACGACAAAGGUACGAGCGUGCUGUUCAAAGUGCUAUCGGCGUUUGCGUUUAGGGACAUCAGUUUGAGAAAAAUCGAGUCUCGGCCGCACCGCAAUAGACCGAUCCGGUUGGUGGACGACGCCAAUGUUGGAACCGCCAAGCAUUUCGAGUACUUGUUUUACGUGGAUUUCGAAGCUUCGAUGGCAGAGGUCAGAGCUCAAAACGCGUUGGCUGAGGUUCAGGAAUUCACUUCAUUCUUGAGGGUAUUGGGCAGCUACCCAAUGGAUAUGACACCUUGGUGCCCUUCCAGGGGAGAUGAACCAAGCUUAUGAAAAUGAAUAAUUAAAUAAACAAUAAAA